AUGAGUAAAAAAUCUUACGUCAAAGGACCUUCUGGCUUGUCGAAGGAUCUAAGCAAAGAUAAGCAAUGGAAUUAUUCAUUAGUGAAUAUAUGGGUGGCUUCUCUUGCACUUAAGUUGUUAUUAUCGGUUGGCUAUCAUUCCACAGACUUCGAUGUUCAUAGGAAUUGGUUAGCAAUAACGUACAACCUACCAAUAUCUAAAUGGUACAUUGAAAAUACUUCACAAUGGACGUUGGAUUACCCACCUUUUUUUGCAUACUUUGAGUGGGUGGUGGCUAACUUCGUGCCUGAUUUUGUUAAAAGCGACGGAUGUUUGAAAAUAGUUGAAAAGGGACUAUAUAGUUUACCUACUGUUUUGUUUCAAAGGUUGUCUGUAAUUGUAAGUGAGAUAGUUUUAUUUGUUUCAUUGCAAUGGUAUAUUAAUUCAUCGAAAACCCAUACGGAAGCUAGGAGAGCUUUUGUUGUUGCAUCGAGUCUCGUAUUAUCACCAGGCUUAUUAAUCAUUGACCAUAUUCAUUUCCAAUAUAAUGGAAUGUUGUACGGAAUACUUGUUUUGAUGAUAAAUUCAGCACGGUUGAAAAAAUACUUAAUGUGUGGAUUUUGGUUUUCAAUAUUGAUUUGUUUUAAACAUAUCUACUUAUAUUUAGCCCCAGCAGUUUUCGUUUUCUUACUUCGUGCUUAUUGCUUAGACUUAAAUUUUGGAAAUAAGGCCAAAUCUUCAAGUUCUCUUUUAAAUAUAAUCAGAUGGAAGAAUUUAUUCAAAUUAUCAUCAAUAGUCAUUGCUGUCUUUGGUAUUGCAUUUGGCCCCUUUAUUUAUUAUGAGGUUAUGCCGCAACUCAUAGAAAGAUUAUUCCCAUUUAACAGAGGGUUAACUCAUGCAUACUGGGCACCUAAUGUAUGGGCAAUUUAUUCCGCAAUUGAUAGGUUAUUGAUUCAAAUAUAUUACAGAAUACCAUUUAGUAGACCGAUCUUACUAAAAAUUUUCAAGUUCAAUCCCCAAUACUUAUGGGACUCAAAAUUAGUUAAUAAAACAACAAGAGGCUUGAUUGGAGACGUUGAGUUUCUAAUCUUGCCUACAAUAACUUCACAAUUAACCUUCUUCUUGACAUUAUUUUAUCAAGUCAUGGCUUUAAUUCCUUUGUUUUUACAACCUACUUUCAGAAGGUUUAUGGGAUCAUUGACUUUAUGUGGUUUUGCGUCUUUCUUGUUUGGCUGGCAUGUUCAUGAAAAGGCUGUCUUGGUGAUCAUAUUCCCCAUGACAUUUCUUGUCAGCAGAGAUAAGGAUUUACUAGGCCCUUUUAACUUGCUAGUAAGUUGCGCAUAUACUUCCUUGUUUCCAUUGAUUUUCACUUGCGAUGAAUGGCUCAUUAAGAUCACCUACACAUUAUUAUGGUACAUUGUUUACUAUUUUAGUCUUAAGAAGGUUGUAAGAUUGCCAAAAACAAAUGGUGGCUACGGUAAAGUUAUUUUAGACAGAGUCAAUAAUGGUUAUAUUUUAGGUUUGGUACCAAUCAUAUCCAUUGUUAGUCUCAUGGACUUGUUCGAACAUAAAUUCGAAAUAUUGAGAAAACUACAAUUCAUGAAGUUAUUGAUCAUUAGUAUAUACUGUGGUAUUGGUAUUAUAAGUAGUUGGAAUGGUUUCAGUUGGUUAUACUUCGUUGACGAAUCCAUUUGGACAGAUGACUAA